UGGCCCGUUUAGGGGUAAAUCCCUAAGCUUAUUCACUUUUUCUUACUCAUCCAGUUCAUUCUCUUGUUACAGAGAAUAUCAUUAGAUACACACACACAGUGAUUGGAGGACAGUGCAGCUGUGUAUAUACCGUGACUAGUGACUGAAGCAUAUGGCCUAUCAACAGCAACGCCCUGGCUACCCUCAUGAACAAAACUACGGAGGUCCAGCUGGUGUCAGUGCUCUAGCGUCUAAAGCAUCCGAGCUUGGUGGAAAGAUGGGCGGAGUCACACCAGAGAUAUGGGAUGAUGUACUAUCACAAAUGCAACAGCUGGUGGUGGACAAUGAGAAACUACGUGAAACUCUAAAAGCUAACAAUAAUGAGAUAGCAAGUCUAGUGGCUAGCAAAGAAAGUCUAGUGGCAAGCAAAGAAGAGGAAGUGAAGCACCUUCAUAAGUUGUAUUGGGACGCUAGAGUCUCAGUGUUGGGUUUUAAAGCACAGAUAGUGAAACUGAACGGAGAAAAGGAUCACGACAAGCAAAAGCAAUCGGACAUGAGUCGUGUAAGACAACUUGAAGAUGAUAAGGCUGCCUUGCAACGCAAUGCCCUCUCAACGAGUGACCUUUCUAGAAAACUGAACGAAGAAAUAAACAAGCUCAAGCAUGAUCUCUCUGAAGUUGAGAAGAGAGAGCAGAAGCUAAGAGAAGAAAACGAUUAUUUGAAGCAGUCUCAGUCCCGCCCACCUGCAAAUCAAGGACAAAUUGACUCGUUGGAUCGUCAGUUGAGUCAGCUCCAACUUGAGCUAUCUGAAGAGAAGCGUUCCAAUUCUCAAUUUAGAUCAGAGGUGUCACACUUGAAAAGUGAAUUGAGAGAAGCCCAAGAUAUGAAUGUCUCUUUGGGGGCACAACUUGGUGAAUUGGAAAGGGUAGCUGGAGGAGUAUCAAAGUCACAAGCAGAUCUUCAGAUGGAACUGCAAGCUAAAGUGAGAGAGCUGCAAGCUCAGAAAGCCGAUUUUCAAUCGAGGGAAAGAGAUCUAGUACAAGAACUUCAAGAGAAAGAAUCUGAAUUUAGGGCCAUGAAGAGCCAGCAUGAUGGAGAAGUUAGAGAACUGAAGAGAGAGCUAAAAACCAAAGAUAGGAGACCCGUUGAUAAGGAUAGAGAGAGAGAGUUACAGGAACAGCUUGAACAAAAAGAAUCAGAAUAUCGGACGAUGAAAGAUGAGCUGGAGUAUGAGAUUAGCCAAUUGAAGAGAGAGCUGAAUGCUAAGGACAGGAAACUUGCGGAUAGAGAGCGAGACCUUCGGGCAAAAGAGCAAGAGUUAGAAGACAAGUCAAGACCGGAUAAUCCUGAUGGAGGAGGAGUAGAUGCUUAUAAAACUGGAAUUGUUGGAAACGUUGGAAACAUCAAGAGACGACUCAAUGACGAAAUAGGGAGAAACAAGAGGCUGACUCAAGAAGUAGAGACACUCAAAGGACAGCUAGCCAGUGCAGCAAGCAGUGACGAACUAGAAACUUUAAAGGGAGAGAAAGAGAAAGCAGUCAGAGACAAAGAGAGAGCGAUACAAGAUAUGGAGAGAAUAAGAAAGGAAAAGGAGAGAAUAGCACGUGAAAAAGAUCAACUGAAACAGGAUCUGGAUGAAUCACGGAAUGCAGAGCAGGAGAUUGUUGAUGAUUAUGAAGGAAAGUUGUCUACUACAAAAGAUGAUUUGACUCAAUUAGAGUCAGUGAAUGUUAAACUGGAAAAUGAAAGAGGAAACUUAGUGAAUCAACUGGAGAAUGAGAAAGAAAGAGUUCAUGAGUUAACUGUUCAACUAUCAAAAGCGCAAUCUGACCUUGAUCAGACCAAGAAACAGCUGCAACAAGCAAGAGCAGAGGCUGAGGGAGAAAACACUGACUUGGACAAAAUGAUGGAGGAGAUGUCAACUCAAAUGUUAGGACUAACUGAAGACCUUAAUAACAAGAAAGAAGAGAUAAGACGUCAAAAGGCUCAUAUUUUACAAUUAUCAAAAGAAAGAGAUGAUGCUGUUAGUCAAGCAGCUAAAUAUGCUAAAGAGAGGGACACUGCAGCAGCUGAAUAUCAGAAGAAAGAGAAUCAAAGUAAAGCUGAGCGUCAGAAAAAAAUUGAGGAAUAUCUGAGUGAAGCAGAACAAUGGAAAAUACAAUUUGAAGUUGCUAGAGAAGAUUUUAAUUCCGAAAGAGCUGCGAGGGAGAAGGAGGCAAAAGCUGUUGAUGCCUUGCGAAACAAUCGAGAGAGUCUUCAAAAACAAGUUGACGACUUGAAGGAUAAAGUCACUGUCCAGCAGCGAACCAUAGCCAACCUUGAGGACCGACUGAGCAGACAUGAACCAGUUGAUAGGACACCUCUUGUACCAAUGGAUCAUGGACCACCCACGGACCGUGGACCUGGGCCUAUGGACCGUAGUCCUGGACCCAUAGACCGUGGAGCUAGACCCAUGGACCGUGGACCUGGACCCAUGGACCGUGGACCUGGACCCAUGGACCGUGGACCUGGACCCAUGGACCGUGGCCCAGGACCCAUGGACCGUGGCCCAAGACCUAUGGACCGUGGGCCUGGGGAUAGGCCAAACCGUCCAUCAUCAGGUGGUCAGCGGAUGGGAGGAGGAGGAGAGAGUCCCAGGAAUUAUCGUCCACCACCUCCUGAUGAUAGAGAAAGGAUGGGAACAGGAGUGAGACCCCAUACUAUAUCCCGGCCUGUAGGAGGAGGAGGAGAUUGUGGUGGAGGUGGGGGGUAUCAAAGACGCCCAAAUGAUCCACCAAGAUUCCAGGAUUGGGAACGGAGACCUCAAGACGAUCGUCACAUGUCACGCCCUGAUGAGUAUCAAGGUGGCCCACCUCCAGCUUCUACUUAUGGUGGACAUUAUGGAGGAGGACGAGGAGGUAGAAUGGAUGAUCGAGGAGGUAGAAUGGAUGAUCACAGAGGCCCCCGUCAGUUUAAUCCCGGAGGAGACAGGAGGGACAUCCCCCCACCCCAGCAACCCCAGCCGUAUGUUGAUUUCACUCCUUUGCCAAAACCACCUCCACCGAAAGAGGGUGGGGCCGGAGGUGGUAGGCGUGGCAGUGACUUGAAUGAUCUUAAUCAGCCAAGAGGACAGAGUGGAGGAGGAGAAUUAUUUAUGGGAGGACCAGGUAGAGGAGGAGGUGGAGGAGGAGGGUAUGAUCCAAGGAGACAGUUUCCUCCUGAUGGUGGUGAUGGGGGAAACUUCCAUUUACCAGGUGAGAGGGUUGACUCAAGCAAACCCACUGGAGUGUGCCCCAUCUGUGGCGUGGGUAACUUUGCUACUCAGACUGAUCUGGAGUUGCAUGCUGCAAAAUGUGACAAAUUUCAAUUUAUGCAGUGAGAGAGAAUUGUGAUGACUUGAUAGCUAAUAAAAACUGUUAUAAUACUAAUUAUUAUUGCUUGAAUAUUGAUACUGUAGCUAUACAUGUAGCUUAGAAAGAUUUUUCAUUUGAUGAAAAUUUAAUGAAAGAA